AUGAAUACAAAUUCGGGACCUUAUUUGGAUAAAAACGUACCACCUUUCUUCAUACCAGCCACUUACAAAGGUCACCAGUCGGGUUUAUCUGUGGCGAAUAAAACUGCUGCGACCGGUUUCGUGAUCGCAACCAACCAUCUUAACACUUCAAGCAAAGGUGAUUCGGCGCAAGUGGGGUCUUUGAAUCCGACUGUUGCCAAGACAACAACAAGCGUUACCGGAUGGAAUCAACUACCUGGACCAUUGUUCGCCUCCCCCAGCGGUAUGCUGAAUUUGUCUCACUACAAUUACACUCCGGUGCAAAAGGCUCAGCUCAGUAAAAGUGCGGAGAAGAGCAACGGUGAGCUAGCUAAUCGGGGUGACACAGAGGUUGGAUCCAAUGUCGCGGAUAUGAGCCUCAACACUGACGUGACGGCAGCGGAGAAAGAGAAGAAACGGAAGCGGUUCCGUAGGCCUCGAAAAAACAGUAAAUUGGAUAGGUUGAUUCGCUUUCUUGAAGACAAACGCAUUGGAGACGAUGAUAAUGAGGAGGAGCUGGAGGAUCUUCAAAUGCCUAGGUUACGGAAAGUUCUCAAUAUCAUAUUUGUUACGUUUGGUGUCUGCUUUUUGUUGGCAGUUAUUACUGUAAUCCUCUACACGACUAUUGCUAACUGA